GAGAGAGAGCAUCCUACUGAUAUUGGAUAGAAACUGUAUGACUGUAUUAGCAGAAGAGGCAAAAAUUUUUUUUUUACUGCUGAAUUCUUUUAAUUUAGGACUUUGACGGAACAGCAACAGAAGACAAAACUCAUAACAGGAAAAAGUACACUUAAAUAUGAACUGUGUGGCUUUUAUGGUGGUGACUACCAGUUUUCUCUCUUGGACUGAUGCAGUUAAUCGCUACUACAGUAAAGACAAUGAUAAAACACUACAGUAUCUUACGGAACCACCGGUGUAUGCUGAGAUAAAAGCACGCCGGGGAGAGAACACAACCCUGCCGUGUGUUCUGCGAACCGUACCUUCUCAAUACAGAGUAAAGUGGAGUAAAGUUGAUCCUCUUCAUACAGAAUCAGAAAAUAUCAUUCUCAUCAGUAAUGGGCAUAAGGUUAAGCACUAUGGCAUAUGGCAAUCUAAAGCAAGUCUUCGACAGAUGCAUGCUUUGGAUAUCUCUCUCCGCCUCACCAAGCUGGAACUUCAAGAUUGUGGUCUCUACCAGUGUGAACUGAUCAAUGGUAUAGACGAUGAGUGUGUCACCAUUACUCUAAGCAUUGAAGGGGUUGUAUUUCCUUAUCAAAGCAGCCAUGGUCGUUAUAAGUUUACCUACGUUGAUGCCAAAAAAGCUUGUGCGGAGCAGGAUGCAACACUGGCAACAUACACACAGCUUUACAGGGAAUGGACAGAUGGUCUGGAGUGGUGUAAUGCUGGGUGGCUAAAUGAUGGGACUGUCCACUACCCUAUUCUGAAUCCACGGCCAGCUUGUGGGAAAGAUCUUCCUCCAGGGAUACGCAGCUAUGGGCCCCGGCACAAGACCAAGGAGCGUUACGAUGCCUUCUGCUUCACCUCUACCACUGAGGGUUCAGUGUUCUAUGUCCGUGGGCCUCUAAAUUUUUUGGAAGCAGCUCAUGCUUGUAAGGAGAAAGGAGCAAGCCUGGCCCUUGUAGGACAAAUCUACUCUUCCUGGAAGUUUUUAGGGUUGGAUCGCUGUGAUGGAGGCUGGCUACAAGAUGGUAGUGUGCGCUUUCCCAUCAUUAUCCCUAAGAAACGCUGUGGAGGACUUCCACAGCCAGGAGUUCACAGUUUUGGAUUCCCUAAAAAGAGUAUCAGUCUCUAUGGGGCAUAUUGUUACAGAUAAAUACCAACAUAGUGAUAAAUGACAAAAAAGUGCCACCGUAACAAUUUCCAUGCAGCCUGAGUAUUAUAACUUUUCCCUCUCAAAAGAUAAUGAGAUAAUGUUUAGACUUGAUAUUAUGGCAGUUCAGAAGACUAGAUUUGUUCCAUGGAAAUGUAGGAUUUUUUGAACCUAAAGCUUCAACAUUGAUAUGAGUUUCUCAUGUGAGUCUUCUGUGUUGCUAUUUUCUUCAGUUUUGAGAUCCUAUUAAUUAAUGUAUCAGUACCAAUUAAUGUAUAAGUAAUUGAUACAAAAAGCAGAUUUUUCAGAACUUUUUUUCUAAAUAACGUCCAAAUCUUUAUGCCUUUCAUAAAAUGUUGUGUAUAAUAUCAAACACUUUUUGUAUUUAUAUUAUGCAUGUUUUAACACGAAAUUCUAUAGAUCCUUAUGUGUGAAGUGUGAAAUCUAAAUGAACUCAAAUAUGCACAAAAGACUGCAUAGUUGAUUCUGUUAGCUUCGUGGCUUAGUGGUUAGCACGUUCGCCUCACACUGCCAGGGUUGGGGUUCGAUUCCCGCCUCCGCCUUGUGUGUGUGGAGUUUGCAUGUUCUCCA